GCGGGCAGUAAACUUUACGGUACGUGUGCAUACUUGAAUUAAAAUGUUUGGAAAACGUGAUAUCAUCAUUACGACGGUAUUCGGCGAGCGUUCGGAAGAAUUUUGUCUCCGGGGUAGGGUGCCAUUGGCGAUGGAUUAUGUUGACAAAUCACAAAAUAGCAUCAGGGGCGGCGGCGGUGGCUGUUCAGGAAACUGAGCGCGCGCGACCCAUGUGUCAGUGUAAAUACGACGGGGACCGGUGGCGUGCUGUCGGCGGCGGUGGUAAAACGUUGCGCGGGGUGAUCCGCGGAUCGGUGGGCGAUCGGAAGGGAGGAGGGUGGCGAAUAAAUGCCGAACGGCGCCGAUUAUGCGAGCGCCGCCGAACACGCCCCUCGGGACUGCAGAACGAGCCGGGGUGUACCAGCCCCACGGGCAGUGGACCAAUCGCGCGCGACACCCGAACCCGACGCGGUGUAGCCGACACCCCGCUGUAGCCCGCACACUAGUCCGCGACGGCGGUAAUCAAACGUAACGCGCGGCACUUAAACGAUUGACGACUCUAUUAAACGUUUAUCGUUGGCGCGUAAUACUGAAAAACACUGAGUAGGUAUAAUACAUAUUAACAGUAUAUACGCGCGUGUGUACGUGUACGACGUGCCACUACUUAAGAGGCAAAGAUACAUAGGAUAAAUCGAUUUUCAGUUUAUUUUUUAAUAAUCGUUCGCGUCUAAUGUCAUAAAAAUAUAUAAUUAUAUAUUGUGGCGAGCAGUGUUCGCCGCGUUAGAGAUUAUAUUAAUAACAUUCAAAAGCGACACGAAACCGGCGAUGACGAUUGCGGCCGUACGGUGAACACGUCGCCGAAGCCGAUCUCCUGCAACCGAUCUCCGCGAACAGUACACGAUUACUACGUCCAUUAUACGGUAGUACGUCCACGUCCGCGAAAAACCGAUGAAAUUGGACGGACGACUCGGCGGGACGGCGUGCGACGGCGGAGGCGCUGUUUACGGAUCGUCUGCGGGUCUGGGCGACAACGGCGAUCGCCCCGAACGGCCACCGACUUCCGGCGUGGCCACGACCGCGGUGGACGAGCACGGAUUGUCGCCGUCGUCGUCGUCGCCGCCGCCGCCGCGGGACCAGUGCGAUUGCGACACCGACGUCCGGAGACAGGCGAUGGCCACCUGCACGGCGGCCGGUUCCGCGGCCGUGCCGAAGACGUCUGCUGUCGGUUCGUCGCUGUUCACCAUCGACAGUAUACUUGCCCCGUCCAGAUCGUCCGACGACUCGGCCGUCGCGGCAGCCUCGGGCCGCAACAGCGUGACCGCGGCCACGGCAGCGGCCACCGGGUUCUUCAAACAGCCGUUGAGCUUCGGACACUUGGCAGCCGCAGCAGCAGCGUCCGGAUACGCGCACUCCACUGCCGCAAAUUUUCUAGUUGCCGCGGCUGGUUACCAAAGCAUCUAUCCUAGUUACAUGAUGGCCAUGGCAGUAACGGGUGGCCACGGGACUGCCGGCGGUCAUCAUCACGGUCCCGCGUCAAUGUUCGCCGGCCCACCGGCCAAAAGAAAGAGAAGGCACCGGACUAUAUUCACCGAAGAACAACUCGAACAGUUAGAAGCGACUUUCGAGAAGACACAUUACCCAGACGUGGUGCUCAGGGAGCAGUUGGCACUGAAAGUGGAUUUAAAAGAAGAACGAGUUGAGGUAUGGUUUAAAAAUCGUCGAGCAAAGUGGAGAAAACAAAGACGUGAAGAACAAGAUAGACUGAGGAAAAUGCAACAUCAUCUAGUGGAACAGCCUGGAGUGUCUAAUGGACUAGCAGCUGCAGUAGCGGCAGCCGCGGCUAGGGGGGGUGAUCCCAUGCGGUUAGUUCAUCUGCACGUGGACGAAGAAGAACUCGAAGAAGACCCUGAUUCUUCAGACUUAGAAGUUGCUUGAGUAAAUUCUAUUGACUGAAUAAAUAAUUGUUUUAAUUUUUUGUACAUUUCUUGAAGAGAUGGUUUAUUUUUAACCCAAAACGAUGCGUAUAUAUUUUUAAGAUGUGUUUUGAUAUUACUUUAAAAGCGUUUCUUUAAAUCAAUAAUUAUUAUAAUUAUUAAAAUCUGUCUUUUUUAUUGAUAAUAUUAAGCACCUGAAUAGCUAAAAAAAUAUCAUCAUUUGUUACCUAUAUGCUUUUUUACAUUUAUUAUACCUAAUGCGUUAUGAAAAUCUAACGCAACAACAUAGGUUAUAUAUAUUACACAUAUAACAGUAUAAUACAAUAUUAUGUAUAGUACCUACUUAAAUUAAAUAUUUUAACUAAAAAUUUGAAAAAUUAUUUAAAAAUAAAAAUAUUUUAUCACGCCUUAUAAGUUUGUGCAGUAAAAGAAUAAAAUCGUUAAUAGGUAACGAAAUAUAUUUGUACUUAACUAAUAAAUAUUGGUUUCGUAUUAAAUAUAUUCACUGAGCUUUUUUACUCACAAAGUUAUAUGCUCCUAAAAAUAUUUUAAAAAGUCAAAAACCUCAUGCUAUGUAUUAUACUAAUAGUGUAAUUGAUAUAAGCUAUAUAAACAUACAUAUAUCUCACAUAUUAUGUUAUUACUUAUUUUACAACACAAUAACACUGCGUGUAUAUUCUUAUGAAUUAUUUAUUUAUGUUUAAAUUGUUUGCAUUUAAUUAUUUAUGUAUAUUGUAAUAAUCGUUAAAUUAAAUUAUUUUACAUAACAUGUUAAUUUUACAUAAUAAUUAUUACUUAAUUUUAAAUAAAAAUGUCCGCAGCAUUAGGCAGCAAGGAUUUUAAGUAUAGUGUAUAUAUUCUUAUUAUGUUCAUUAUUAUUGAACUUAAAUUGUUAAUGUAUAUUGUCCAUGUUUUUAAUUAUAUAUAGCUGUAAAACUGUAUGUAUGAAUGUAUGUAUCAGGUAUCUAUGCAUUUUACGGAAUUUAUUGGCAAAUUCUGAACAUUUAAAUCAAAUAUAAGUAUUAUAGCAAAUAUUUCACAGACACAUUAUAUAGGUACGAUUAUUAAUAACUAUAGGACAUGAAAGUUAGCAAAAUGUUAUACAAUUAUGUAAGCUUUUCGUUGUACUUGCUAUUUCGUAACAGAUUUAAAUGUACUUAAAAAAUAAUUUAUAAUUUAUAUUCAUAUCGAUGCUUAAAUAAUAUAUAUUAUACAUAAAUAGGUAUAAUAAUAUUAUUUAAUUCGAUUUCUAGUCACUAAUAUAUAAUAUAUUCAUACAAUAAUAUUAUCAAAUAAGUAUUUUAGUAUUAUUAUAAUAUUAUAAAAUAUAC